AUGCACAUCUCACCGGGUCAGCAAAUGCAUCACGAUUGGAUUGUCACCCUGCCAGGCGCUUGGAAGGAGUGGCACAGACUUUCCGACCCCCCAAACCCAAACAGCCAUUCAGCCGCAGAAUCAACUGGAUCAUCUCGCGCAGUCUGGAGAGAGCCAUCCCCGGUCACCGACAUUUGCCAACUGCAGUGCAGUCACGGUUGGGGAUGGAAAGUUGAUCGGGAAAGCAGCCUUGCUCGUAUUCGUCCGAGUCCUGACCAACUGAUAUUCUCCGUUCCCGUUCCAGUUCCAGAUCCCUGCCUGCCUGCAGCUGAACCAGGUGAAGAGUUUCCCACUCCCUUGCAAGGCCCGGGAUAUUCAUCCGCGGCAAAGUACCACAGCUCGUGUAUAUUGACUAGAGAGUUGAGAUCUCAAAUUAAGAUGCUUACUCGCAUUCAAGAUUCAACUAUAUAUUGUCCCCACUCAAAAUACGGUAGACGUCUCACGAACAGUAGAGCGAGUGUACCUUAA